GCCCUUCUCCAAACAAAGCCAUAACAAAGUCCUAUAUAGCAAAAAUGAAGGUGAGAAAAGAGAGCUCAAGGAUUGUCAAGCCAACUUAUGAGGGCACCCCUCCCACAAACAUAUCCUAUACUCCCUUGAGCGUUUUCGAUAAGGUCACUUAUGAUAACCAUAUGGCAGUUAUCUAUGCCUACCGCCCGCCAACCCCUCCGAAUGCGGCCCUGGAGCUAGGGCUCAAGAAGGCGCUGUCGGUGUACAGGGAGUGGGCUGGGAGGUUGGGAAAGAACGAAGACGGUGACCUCGUCAUUCUUCUCAAUGACAAAGGGGUGAGGUUUGUUGAGGCAUCGGCGGAGUGCACUCUCAAUCAAGCCAUGCCAUUUAAGCCCUCGAUGUCCCUGCUCGCCCUUCACCCCAGCUGGAAGGGCGUAGAAGAGUUGGUGCAGGUUCAACUCACGAGGUUCACUUGCGGCUCUAUGGUGGUAGGCUUCACAGCCAACCACCUUGUGGCUGACGGCAAUGCCACGAGCAAUUUCUUGGUUGCAUGGGGCCAAGCUUGUCGCGGACUUGAGAUUUAUCCUAUUCCUUUCCGUAACCGUGGCAUUUUCUCUCCUAGAGACCCUCCUAGAUUUGAGUUUGAACACAGGGGAACGGAAUUCACGAGUGAGAAAAUCAAGAAGGAUUAUCCUUCCGUUGAUAAUACCAUCAUGGAUGACAUUGUGGUGCAUGAGGUUCAUUUCUCAUUUGAGUUUCUUGCCAAGCUCAAGGCCAAGGCUUCCGCCAUGAAUGGCACUAACAAGUCCUAUAGCACUUUUGAGAGCUUGGUCGCUCAUCUGUGAAGGGCCAUAACCAAAGCUACGUCACUCGGCGGAUUGGAAACAACCCAUGUGAGGAUUUCAGUCGAUGGUCGCGCUCGUCUGAACCCUAGGGUACCCAUGGAGUACUUUGGGAACUUGGUGCUUUGGGCUUUCCCAAGUGCCAAGGCCAAGGACCUUCUACGCGAGCCAUUGCCAUACGCGGCCAAGCUCAUUCACAACGCCGUCUCAAAAGUGAACAACAACUACUUCAAAUCGUUCAUCGACUUUGCUACCUACAAAGCGGAACAGGAAGCCCUGAUUCCCACGGCAGACACGAACAUGUCGGCUAUGUACCCUAACUUGGAGGUUGAUAGCUGGUUAAGGUUUCCAUUCUAUGACGUAGAUUUUGGAGGAGGAUGCCCUUACAUUUUCAUGCCAUCUUACUUGCCAGCAGAGGGUACCAUGUUCCUCUUACCAUCUUUCGCGGGGGAUGGUAGCAUUGAUGCUUUCAUACCCCUAUCCCAAGACAAACUGGCAUCCUUCAAACAAAUUUGCUACUCCUUAGACUAGUAUCGAUCUACCAAAGAUAUUAGAACCACCAUAACAUUUGCACAAAAAAAUGCACAAACACUCAGAAUGGGUCUGGCCCCCUUGUGCAGCGUGUGUGGGCCAACUACACGCAUUGUGAGCGUUUGUACUUUUUUUUUUUGUGCAAAUGCA